GACCAAGGUCGAGUCAUCAGCUUGUGCAUCUGUUGGUAUAUAAGAUCCGUUUAAGUUGCAUCCCUUGAAAUAGUUGCAUUUUGCAUUCGCCUGAGGAGCCCCGAAGGAUACAAUACAAUCUAUAAACAUGCUUUUCAAAUGCACUUGGCUCUUGCUUUUGGUCCUGUCUUUGCUGGCGGGAGCCUUUGCCAGCAGCGGAUGUCCUGCUGGUUAUAAUGCCGAGAACAGUCGCUGCACCAUCGAACGUCCCAUCCACGGAUCCUGUCCCCCCGGAUCCACCUACCAACUCAACGUGGGCAAGUGUGUCCACGGUUAAGGAUCUCAGCGAAAGGAAUAUCUAGUUUCCAUGUUGAAAUAAAAUAUUCAAUGUGCAAGAAAAUAUAA